AUGGCCGCACUCGCAGCUGUCUACAACGGACAAACCAGCGGUGACUGGAGUAUCAAUCUAUUCUACAACAACAGUAUCGGCCAACUCGCAUUCUUGCUCAAAUCUGGCACCGAGGUGGCAGACCCUGGUUUUUCCGCCUGGGAUUCUGGCGACAAUGACUACCAAGGCUACAUCCUGAACCCGUCCACAAUGGCCGCAGGCACCUUCUCCGGCGUAAACUUCAUCGUUGCCGUGACUAAGCCAUCCAGUAAAAGUGAAACUCAGACCGCCAACCAAAUUUCCAUAGUCUCACCUGUUUACCAGAAGCUGGAUACCACUUCGCUAGGAAACAACACCGUCACCGUAUGCACUGGUGGGACAGAAUGCUGGGUGUACUAUCUGCACAAUGCUUCAAACAGCACAGUCUCCUUGAAGCAGUACGAACUUGUUACCGGCGAUAUCAGUACAGUUCUCGAGGAUGGAGUCAUGAGUGCCAAUUCGCAGCUGGCUUCUUGGUGGGUGUCAGACACUGAGCGCUAUGUCAUCUUCCAAGACAAGGAAACUCUGCUCCUGAAGGAGUUUAAUGUUGCUACCGGGAAGAGCGUCGAUAUCGAAGCAACAAAAGAUGCCAAGGAGGGAACAACUCUAGCCGUCUCGUUUGUAAAUAGAGUAUUCCUCUACUACACUGACAAACAAUCCAAUCUCCGACGAGUCCUCAAGGAGAACGACUCCUGGGGCGAGUCCAAAGACAUAGCGGAUAUCCCUAAGGUUGGCUCGAGCCAAAUCACUGCUGUGGCAGCCAAUAAUUACAAUCACUUGUUCUACAUGGCGCAGCAAAACACCAAGGACGAAUUCACCCACGUCAAGGAUUUGCUUUACGGUUGA